AUGUCUUCCAUUGCAGUGACCCAACGUUGUUACAUGCGGUCUACCUCCGUUGGACUAAUUUCUAGAGCUUCUGCUAUGCCACAUACCAUUACGACCACCCUGCAAGGUCGCAGCGGCCUUGGUCGUUCCUAUAUGAAUAUUAAACGGGCUAGAUCCACUAGUUCCACUGCUGCUGGGUUGCAUCAUAUUUACCAUAAAAAAUGCCAUCAGGAUUUCUAUCCAGCAGAGAGUUUAACUGUGCGAGACUUGAAUGAGAACGUGUUGAAGGCUAAAUAUGCCGUCAGAGGGUCCAUUCCUAUGAGAGCAGAAGAACUACAGGAACAAUUGAAACGUGAUCCAUCGAGUCUGCCUUUUGAUAAGAUUGUCAAUGCUAACAUCGGUAAUCCACAGCAGUUAAAUCAGAAACCACUGAGUUUUUACAGACAGGUGCUGUCGAUACUUCAGUAUCCAGAAGUUCUUGAGCAAGGUGAAGAAGAAUUGAUUUCUAAGGGCGUUUUCAAGAGGGAUGCCAUUGAACGUGCUAAGAGGAUUUUGAGAGACGUUGGAGGGUCUGUUGGGGCUUACUCUAGUUCCCAGGGUGUCUAUGGAAUUAGAAAGACAGUCGCUGAUUUUAUUACAGAAAGAGACAGUGGGGAACCAGCUUACCCAGAAGAUAUCUUCUUGACUGCAGGUGCUUCUGCAGCUGUCUCGUAUUUGUUAUCCAUUCUUUGUAGAGGUCAAGAGACGGGUGUACUGAUUCCAAUCCCACAAUAUCCGCUUUACACUGCUACUCUAGCACUUAACAACUCGCAUGUACUACCUUACUAUUUGGAUGAAGAGUCUGGUUGGUCCACUAAUACCGCAGAGAUUGAAGGUGUUGUAACCGAAUCCAUCGAAAGUGGAAUUCGCCCAUCGGUGCUUGUCGUGAUAAACCCUGGUAAUCCAACCGGUUCGGUGCUUUCUGUUGAAGCCAUAGAGAAGAUAUUCCAAGUUGCUGCCAAAUACGGUAUCGUGGUGAUUGCAGAUGAAGUUUACCAGGAGAAUAUCUUUGCUGGAUCUGAGUUCCAUUCCAUGAAAAAGGUCCUGAGACAAUUACAAAAGGAACAUCCUGGUAUUUACGAUAACGUUCAAUUGGUAUCGCUGCAUUCCACCUCCAAGGGUGUUUCCGGUGAGUGUGGUCAAAGAGGUGGUUACAUGGAACUAACAGGUUUCACGCAUGAAAUUAGACAAGUGGUAUUGAAAUUGGCUUCCAUCUCGCUAUGUCCAGUGGUCACUGGCCAAGCUUUGGUAGAUCUAAUGGUAUGUCCUCCAAAACCGGGCGAUGAGUCUUACGAACAAGACAGGAAGGAGCGCGAGAUGAUUCACGAAGAAUUGGAUCAUAGAGCUGGUCUGUUGCAUGAUACUUUCAACUCAUUGGAGGGUAUCGAAUGUCAAAAACCAAGAGGUGCUAUGUACCUCUUCCCACAAAUCAAAUUGCCUUAUAAAGCAAUUCAAGCCGCUCAGCAUUUAGAAAAGACUCCGGACGAGUUUUACUGUCAAAAGCUAUUGGAAGCUACGGGUAUUUGCACGGUUCCAGGUUCUGGUUUUGGUCAAGAACCAGGUACUUACCACUUGAGAACCACUUUCUUGGCUCCAGGAACUGAAUGGAUUAAGAAAUGGGAGGAUUUCCAUAAGAAAUUCUACGACCAGUAUCGUGACUGA